AUGCACGUCAAGGACAAGCUCUACCAGAAUGAGGCCGGUGGGCAAGUCGGCAUCUCCUUCGAGUUCUUCCCUCCCAAGACCGCCCAGGGUGUUCAGAACCUCUACGACAGAAUGGAUCGGAUGCACGCUUUGGGGCCCUCGUUCAUCGACAUCACCUGGGGUGCUGGUGGUCGGUUGUCUGAUCUGACCUGCGAGAUGGUGAAUGUUGCUCAAUCGGUGUAUGGCUUGGAAACUUGCAUGCAUCUGACCUGCACAGACAUGCCCUUGGAGAAGGUGGAUGCUGCAUUGAGCGCUGCUUACAAGGCAGGCUGCACCAACAUUCUGGCGCUGCGCGGUGACCCCCCUCGUGAUAAGGAAGCCUGGGAGGCCACUGAAGGAGGACUUCGUUAUGCCAAGGAUCUGGUCAAGUACAUCCGGGAGAAGUACGGCAACCACUUCGAUAUUGGUGUUGGAGGUUACCCUGAAGGUGCAGACGACAACCCGGAUGUGGACCUCUUGAUCGAUCAUCUGAAGGAGAAGGUCGAUGCUGGAAGUUCGUUCAUCAUCACGCAAAUGUUCUACGAUACGGACAACUUCAUCGAGUGGGUAAAGAAAUGUCGCGCCAAGGGCAUCACCGUGCCCAUCAUCCCCGGUAUCAUGCCCAUCUCCACAUACGCCGCCUUCAUUCGACGAGCAAACUGGACAAAGGCCCGUAUCCCGCCAGAAUGGCUUGAAGCUUUGGAGCCGGUGAAGAAUGAUGACGCAGCCGUCAAGGAGAUUGGAAAGCGUUUGAUUGCGGAAAUGUGCAGAAAGCUUCUUGCAGCUGGCCUCAACCAUCUGCAUUUCUACACGAUGAACCUUGCUCAAGCAACGCAAUCUGUCCUUGAUGAAUUGAAACUCAUUCCUUCCGAGGAAACACCACUUCAGAGACCCCUACCUUGGCGACCAUCGCUCGGUCUCAAUCGUCGUGGCGAGGACGUCCGUCCCAUCUUCUGGCGCAACAGAAACUCGUCCUACAUUGCCCGUACACAGAUUUGGGAUGAAUUCCCCAACGGCCGCUGGACCGAUUCUCGGUCACCCGCCUUUGGUGAGCUGGAUGCUUACGGCAUAGGCCUCAAGGGCACCAACGAACAGAACAUCAAGCUUUGGGGAGAGCCCAAGUCGAUUCGGGAUAUUUCGCAGAUCUUCGUUCGCUACGUGGAAGGAAAGCUGGAGCGACUACCCUGGAGCGACUCGCCAAUCAGCGCGGAAGCCAACGCAAUCAAGGAGAACCUAAUCGAGCUGAACGGCAGAGGCCUUCUCACCGUCAACUCGCAGCCGGCAGUCAAUGGCGUGAGAUCUUCUCAUCCCGUGUACGGUUGGGGUCCCAAGAACGGCUUCGUCUACCAGAAGGCAUACCUUGAACUCUUUGUGCCUCCAUACCUGUUGGAUGAGCUGAUCGCUCGGAUCGAGAAGAACGACGACCUGACGUAUCAUGCUGUCGCAAAGGAAGGCGAGCUGCGCACCAACACGCGUGACAGUCCCAAUGCUCUGACCUGGGGUAUCUUUGCCGGACGAGAAAUCGUCCAGCCGACUAUCGUGGAGACGAUUAGUUUCUUGGCCUGGAAGGACGAGGCAUACCGCCUGGGUGAAGACUGGGCCAAGUGUCACGAAGCCGCCAGUCCCAGCAGGAAACUGAUUCAGGAAGUGGUGGACAGCUGGUACUUGGUCAACAUUGUGAAUAACGACUUCCACAACACAUACGAUCUCUUCGAGCUGUUCAAUGGUCUUGAUGUGAAAGAUCUCGACGCCGAGAUCACCUUCGACACCGUCGAGCAAAAGCCUCAACUCAAUGGCUCGGCCAACGGCGUCACUCCCGAAGACGCCGCCGUGAAGAACUAG